UUUGGGGGGGUUGGAGCUGCUCCCCAUGCGCCUGCAGUGAAUUCCAGCGCAGGACAGUGCUGCUCCUGCAAACCAAUCCUGUUUCCUGGGUCGCUGCAAAGCGAGGCUCAUGGCCAGCAGCCUCCCAGCUAACUUUUCCUCUCGUGUUUGGGUUUUUUUGCUUUAAGGCUGAUUGUGGCUAGAAGGAUUUGGAUGGUCCAUCAUGAAACAGCCUUCUCCUUGCAGGUAACUUUCCUGCGUCGAGACUGAUUUAACUUUGUGUGUGUGUGUGUGUACCUAAUCCAGUCCAUGGUGUGUGGGAAACGCCGUCCCCGGGACCCCUUCUGAUGGUGCUCUGUGGCCACAGGAAAUUAAAACACAAAACCUCGAGGCUGAGAAAGCAGAGUAAGAAAGAUGCCUGCAUCAUGCUCUGUGGCUGAGAUUGCUGCUCAGGUCCUGCGAGGAUGGUGAUCACACCUUCACAGGACCGUCUCUGAAACAGAGCCAGUGAAUAAUCCUUUCCUUUCCCUAGAAUGGGAGCUCGGGUCCAGUAAACAGCAAAAAUCACAUUGGAAGGGGCAGAGUCAGCAUCGGAUGUGCUCUGGGGGCCUAUGGAUGGGGUCCCACAGGCAACUCUGCAGGCGUGUGUUGGAAAACAAGCUUCUCUGUCUCGGUUUGUGAGUUACGGCUCCAUCCAAACACGUUGGUUGGGAUUUCUCCUGCUCUUCCUCCGGGCUCUCCGGACUGACGGCCGUGGAGUGGCUGAGGGAGAGCAGACCCUGAGAGGCUAACGCUGUGUCCUCACCCAGCUGCUUCUUGAGGCUGGAACCACACACUGACAAUGUGAUUACUUUUCAGACGCUUCUCCUCUGUCUGUCCCCAGCUCCAGGAUGGAGGAAUCACAGCAUCCUUUGGGAUGUGCCCGGGCUGCUGUGCUCGUAGCCACUGGCUCUGCCCCAGCCCCACCUGGAGCCUUGCGACUUCAGCAGAGGGAAACCAGAAGGUGGAUGAUGUUGGACUGGAGUUUUCUGUUUUCACGUCCCCCCGAUGGCGUGGCCCUGGGUCGGGGACGCUUGCAGCAUCCCUAGUUUUCAGCGGUGAGCACAGUUUCUGGGUUCGCCCCCGUGCCUGCUCCGGCGCUGCUUCACGCUCAGCCUGGCAGCCUGCCGGAUCCUCAGCCCCACUCUGACUUUUCCUCAUCCCCAAAUGCUUUUCCAUCAUGCAAACUACAAUUUUGAAAGAUUCGCACUUUCUGCAGCUUCCUAUAGGUGCGUACAUCUGCUCUGGCCUUUUCAGCCUCAGGUUAAUGAAGGGAUUGCCAAUUAGCUGAAGCUAAUGAGUUCUUCUGCAUGAGCAAGUUUUGUUUUUCACAAUUCUUUGAUCCAAGAAACAAAUAGUUGUGGCUUACUUAAAGCUGCACCUUGGGAUUAGCCAAACAUGUGUGUGUCCUGGAACAAGUGCUCGCACGGCGUCCAGACCAGCGAGCACAGCGAUGCUGACUAAUUGAAAUAAAUUGGCAAUUGCUAAUUCUCUUUCUUCCUAAAGAACCAAGGCAAAAAAAGCAAACAUGGAUAUGUGUUAUCCUGCUGACAUCAAAGACCGAGUUUACAUAAGUGCUGCUCGCACUUAAGAUCUGUUGCAGACUUGGACUCUUCGGUGAGGAACUGACAACUCGUUUACAAACGAACUUUGGAAGGAGUCCAGGCACGGCUGCCAGCGGCGCUCUGGUUGGAGCCCCGGCAGCCUGCGCGGGCUGGGGGGGUGCUGGAGCCCCGCCAGGGGUCCCCAGGACAAGCAGAGGUGUGUGCUUAGGCUCCUGCACUGUUUCCAGACCCACGGUGGGUGCGCAAAGGAGGAUUAACCCCCUAAAUCUCAAAUGCACACCUGAGCGUAGCUCAUCAUCGUUUUGCUGUUGGACAUCAGCGCCAGGGUGACAUGGUAGUGUGAUUCUCCUCUGUGGGCUGGUGGCAUUUCACCGUCGGCUGCUCCUGUCUCAGCAUGGAGAUGGGCUGUUCCCUGGGAUGCUGGGACGGAUGGAGCCCAGCACCCAUGCAGCAGCAUCCUGGCUCGCCUCCUCCACCACGUAGGAGUGGAUGUAUGCCUAAACAACUCAGCAACGCCAACCCAGUAAAUUAAGAACAAUCAGCAUCUGCAGAAGUUGUGUUUAUCCAGGACAUGACCCCAGAACUUGCCCAUGUGGUUUCUUCUUCUAGAAGUGACCUCAUAAGCUGGAGACAUUAAACACCAAGUUCCACCCUCCAACUGAUGCUGAGGGUCACUUGGAGAAGCUAAGGAGCACCUGGCUAUUUCAUGGACGGAUCACGGAAGUGGCACAUGGGCCAUCCAGACCCUUCCCAGAAUGGAUGAGUCGCCUCCAAUUUUCUUACUAGAUCCCUCCAGCAUCUGCCGGCAUCCGCUGCAAGGUGUUGGGCAGCCGCAAAUUCACGAUGCUCAUGAUCUGCAUCACCUCCAUCGACGCCAUCUCCCUGCCCAUGGAGACCAGCAACCACUGCUGGUUGCACCGGGUACCUUCUCAAGGUCACAGCCGUGCUGUUUACACCACCAAGCUUUUGCUGAAGCUGCACGUGAAUCCCAUCGCCUACUGGAAAAGCAGCUACAGCUUGGACACCACCGUCUUCCUCACUGUCCUCUUCCCUCAUGUCUUGCCUGUGGACACCACCGCAUGCACCCACCUGCAGGAGACAACCAAAGGUCUCCAGACAAGGAGUAUACUCGAGCUCAUCGAGUACAACAGCAGGAUGAGGGUGGAUGGUUGGACCAACUCACAAUGCGAGAUGGAUCAUUAUGGGUUUACGAGCAGCCACGUGUUCACCUUGCUGGGCAACUUCAUCUUCUUCACUUCGUUGGUUGCACUUGUGAUUACCCAAACUCAGGGCUUGACCCAGAAGAGCAAACAGGACUGCGAAGCAGUGAAGGCAGCUGCUGUUCGGGCCAAGAAACGGAAGAUCCUGAAGAAGGCAGGGAAGAACGUGAGCAACUAAGUGACACAGGAGCAGGUGGGCUGUGGUCAGUCAUUGGUGAACAUCCCUGUCUGCAAAUGUCAGAUGCUGUUAACCGGGGCAAGAUGUUAACUUGCCUGAACUGCUUUCAGUGGAGGAAAAAUUUCCUUCUCUUUCCUUACCCACUUUAAUAAUGAUCCACGCUGUAGAUCCUACGUGCCUUUUUAACAGGCUCAUCGCGUGCACAGCUACAACUAUUCUGACGGCACAGAGCGGUUAAAGUAUUAAAAAGGUGGAGAAAAACUCUUACUUGGUUUUGAUGUGUUUUGUCUGAGUUUCUUUAACUUCAAAGAGAGGUUUAAAAAGAAAUCCUUGUAGAUCACAUCAAGCCAAGGGCCCUGUCCAGAAGCAGCUUGGACACGCUUUCUGCAACUGCUCGAGGAGGUCGUGCUCCUUCCCAUUCUCUUGCAGCCUGUUGCAAUGCAUCCAAAAUGUUACUGCGGGCUUGAAACUCAUGCUGCAGCGUCUGUAGGAGAGCUGUGCACUGCUUGAUAAAGAGCUUUUGCAAAGCUGAGUUGAAAUAAAUGCAGUAAAGCUGUCAUUGAAAUGUAAAUGGUUAGAGCAA